GAAGUGAGCCGGGGGAGGCCGGCCGCCAUUGCGGAGCUGAGGAGGGAAAGGCGGGGAGGAGAGCGAGCGGAACGGACACAGGGCGGACGGUCCCCCGUCCUCCUCCUCCUCCUCCCGUCGUCCUCCUCCCGUCGUCCUCCCUCUCCCGGCCCGGCCCGGCCCACGGCGCCAGCUGCGGGAGGGAGCGCCCACAGGCCCAGGCCCGCACGGCCCUCGGGGGGCGGGGAAGAAUGUCAGCCACUAGCGUGGAUCAGCGACCUAAAGGGCAGGGAAACAAAGCUGCUGGAAAGAUUUCUUACUGUGGCAUAUUCCUGCAUUAUGACGUUAUGCCAAUUUCAGUUCAGAACGGUUCGAUUCAUCAGAAAGAUGCUGUAAAUGAUGAUGAUUUUGAGCCAUACUUAAGUAGCCAGACAAAUCAGAGUAACAGCUACCCACCAAUGUCAGACCCAUACAUGCCUAGUUAUUAUGCUCCAUCCAUUGGCUUUCCAUAUUCUCUCGGCGAAGCAGCGUGGUCCACAGCCGGAGACCCACCCAUGCCGUACCUGACGACCUACGGACAGAUGAGCAACGGCGAACACCAUUACAUCCCGGACGGUGUGUUUAGUCAACCUGGGGCUCUAGGAAAUACCCCUCCCUUCCUGGGCCAGCAUGGAUUUAACUUCUUUCCUGGGAAUGCAGAUUUUUCUACUUGGGGAACAAGUGGAUCUCAGGGACAGUCGACACAGAGUUCUGCUUAUAGCAGCAGCUACGGCUAUCCCCCCAGCUCGCUCGGCAGAGCCAUAGCCGAUGGACAGGCUGGAUUUGGCAGCGAUACUCUGAGCAAGGUACCUGGCAUUAGCAGUAUUGAGCAAGGCAUGACCGGCCUGAAAAUCGGGGGUGAUAUGUCGGCGGCCGUGACAAAAACCGUAGGUUCAGCAUUGAGCAGUACAGGGAUGACCAGCAUUGCAGCAAAUAACGUGCCCCCAGUGAUCAGUUCGGCACCUAAACCAACCUCUUGGGCUGCCAUUGCCAGGAAGCCGGCCAAACCUCAACCGAAACUCAAACCCAAGGGCAAUGUGGGAAUCGGGGGGCCUGCGGUCCCCCCACCUCCUAUAAAACAUAACAUGAAUAUUGGCACUUGGGAUGACAAGGGGUCGGUGGCCAAAGCCCCGCCCAACCAACCCGUUCUGCCUCCUCAGACUAUAAUCCAGCAGCCUCAGCCCUUAAUUCAGCCGCCACCGUUAGUGCAAAGCCAACUGCCUCAGCAGCAGUCUCAGCCGCCGCAGCCGCAGCUGCAGCCGGGUCCCCAGCCCCAGGCUCCGCCUCACCAAGUGCAACAGCAGCAGCUGCAGCUGCAGAGUCGCUGGGUAGCGCCUCGGAACCGGGGAGUCGGGUUCAACCAGAGCAAUGGAGCCGGCAGCGAAAACUUCGGCCUGGGGGUGGUUCCCGUCAGCUCUUCUCCCUCUGGAGCAGAAGUCCACCCGGUGCUGGAGAAACUAAAGGCCAUAAACAACUAUAAUCCCAAAGACUUCGAUUGGAACCUGAAGAAUGGGCGUGUGUUUAUAAUCAAAAGUUAUUCCGAGGACGAUAUCCACCGCUCCAUUAAGUACUCUAUCUGGUGUAGUACCGAGCACGGUAAUAAGCGUUUGGAUGCCGCUUACCGCUCCCUGAACGGGAAAGGGCCACUCUAUUUACUCUUCAGUGUGAAUGGCAGUGGACACUUCUGUGGAGUGGCUGAGAUGAAGUCUGUCGUGGACUACAAUGCCUAUGCUGGAGUCUGGUCUCAGGAUAAAUGGAAGGGCAAGUUUGAUGUUAAGUGGAUCUUUGUCAAAGACGUUCCCAAUAAUCAGCUACGGCACAUUCGUUUGGAAAAUAAUGACAACAAACCAGUUACCAAUUCAAGGGACACCCAGGAGGUGCCCCUAGAAAAAGCUAAGCAAGUGCUUAAAAUAAUUGCUACUUUCAAGCAUACCACCUCAAUCUUUGAUGACUUUGCACAUUAUGAAAAGCGUCAAGAGGAGGAGGAAGCCAUGCGUAGGGAGAGAAAUAGAAACAAACAAUAACUUUGGAGAUGCCCUGCUAGAAUUACAACACUAAUGAUGUAGACUCUGGAAAUGCCUAAUAUGUCUAAGAAGGCGUUGUUAAAGCUUUUUUCUGCUUAAGGUGACAUCUUUGAACACUUUAACACGAAAUUGACUCUUGUAAUGGUUCUCAUCAGCGCAUCUGCCCUUAUACUCUCACCAAACACCCUUGAGAACUGUAACUUCGUCAAGCACUUUCUGUCCUGAAGCUUUUACCAGUAUCUGCUGUCUUUUGUAAUUAUGCAUCCUAGCUAAGGCACAGGAGACUGAACGAAUGCAAGGAUUCAUUAACUCUUGGAAUUUGUUAAAUACUAACAAUUAACCAUUAGAAGUGGUUCAAUGAUGUAAGAUUCACACUGCUUCAACUUUUUCUUUGUCGUAGUUUUUUAAUUGUCAAAUUUUAGCUAUUCAAAUAAAAAGCAAAAUCAUGCCAUAUUUAGUCCUGGAGUAAAACUCAAGUCUAAAUGUUCAUGUGAAAAUUAUUGUAGUAAACUUUAAUAUGGCGGAGCAACCUGACGCUGCAUUUUAGCCAAAUGACACGUAACCUGGAAGUAUAUUAGAAUGACGUUUCCCUUGUUUCAAACUGGUGUUAACAGAAUAUUGGUAUGCAGUUUGGUGGGCAUCAGCAGUUAAUGCACAUUCUUUAUUUCUUUCUCUGUAAACGUGUGUAAUCGGAAAAAAAAGUGCAUUUGUCUGAGGAAUUCUUUUGUUGCUACCACUCAACGAAUCUCAAAGGUUUGAGUAAAUGUACCUCAGUCUAAUCAGACUUUUUAUGACCUUUAUAACUACAUUUAAAUUCCAAAAUUCCUAUUUCUGGGUGUUUGCGAGCCUGACAGAUUGCUAUCAUGAAGUAAAAAUUGACUCCUCUAAGUGAUUCACUAGCUAAAUAAACAUAAUUCUUGUUUAGCAAGCAUAUGCUGUUUCUCAACUUUUUUCUUCCAGCUUUCGCAAAGUUUUGCAUCCUCAAAAUACUUUGGAAAAUGCCCUUGUUCCAUGGAUUAAAUCAGUAUGUAACGAAUGUGUUUGAUGUUUUAUCGAUCAGAGCUAUAUAAGUGGGAAUAUAGCGUAUAUCUGUGUCUUAUAGUUAUCUUUUUUUUAACAUCUUUUUCUUUAAUUUUAACCACAUAUCAUCAUUAAUGUCAUUUCUCGGAAGAGAUUAAUUUGUAUCAUUAAAAAUGUCAAGCAGCUGUAUUAACCGAUUUGACUGCAUAAAAUGUUGAACAUUCUGUUACCGACUCCGGGGAUUGCUGUUCUAGCAGGAGAAGGCUAUGUAGAAAGUGAUAUGUUAAGGCUGAAAGUAGCAACACAGUAGCUCUGAAUGCAUUGGUGUUCAUUCUUCAUUACUUCACGUAUGUUUACAUCUUGUAUGGCAAUUAUUUCAUUUACUUGAAUAUCACUUCAGCAUGAAACCUUAAAGGCGAACACAGCGUUGGUUUCUGAGGCUAGUCGCUUUCAUGUACAAUGUACAAAUACCAUAUUUAAGUGAAAUGAUCUCGUACUUGUACACAGUAGCCAUUUCACAAUUCCUCACUAGAAGGGGUCUAAUUGUUUCAGCUUGUUGGACGAGAAUAUUGAAGUCUCCAUAGCGCUCACUAAAAGCAAAGAUGGGCUUUUUUUAAGGGAAGAUUGCAUCCAUUUUUACUCAUUCCAGCUGUUCAAAAGGUAAGCCAAGGAAGCUCUUGAUUCCUAGCUGUACACGUUUCUAAUUACAGUUGGCUUUGGGUAUUAUCACAAAACUAAUGAUUGAUAUUUUUGAUGUUCAGCACCUGAGGAGCCAUCCUAAAAGUAACUGAGUUGAGAUCCAAACUUACCUAACUUAAAGUUCCAGCAUGAUGACUGUCAUUGUGCUGUCACUUUUGAGCAAGCCAGCUGAUUGCAGUAGCAGACUCAGAAAUGUCAGCUGUAAUUAAACACUUUGAAAUACAAUUUGUUCAUGGUGACAAGUACGUUUUUAGUGCCUUCAACUGGGAUUGCUAACAUCUUAUAUAAAAUGGGUGCAAUAUUCCCUUUGGAAGAAGUAUUUUCUACUAAAAAAAUCCAGUAUUCCUAUAGUUUGUCAAUUGGUGUCUUUUCUCUCUCCCCCGCCCACCCCGGCACACACCCCACACCUCCCCUGGCCCCCCUCUCCCAGUCAAAAUUUUCUUUCUAAAGCACUCCUUUCCUCCUCCUUGGUCUUUCAGUGUAGGGAUGCAAGACUUAUCAUCUUUGAUGACAAUGUCAGAGACUGCAGUCUCACCAACAUAUCAGGAGAAUCUUUAAUUGUAGGACCAAGGAAGACAGUGGCUUCUUCUAUUGGGAAGAGUUCUUACCAGCAAACAUUUGGAGUAAUAGAAAAUUCAGAAAAAUGAUUGAUGAGGUAAAUUGCUAGUUUGCUUUUUUCCAAAUUCUAGGAUGCACGUUUUAAAACAAUUACAUUCUGUAGUUUGAAAUAUUAUUUUAAAAGGUGCUCUACAUUCUGUAUUGAAAAAUAAGUUAACCAAAAUGAGUAUUCUUUUUCAGUAUGUACCGGUGUUACUCGCAGAUUCUUUCAAAAAAAAAAAGAUUUUUCGUUUACUCUCCCAGGACAGUGCCUCAAUCUUUUUUCUAAUUUUGGUAUCUGUUUCUGUCUGAAUUAGGACACUAUAUGUUGCAUUCUUUUUGAAUACCGUGCCUGGGGAUGGGGCUGAUACUAAACACCUCUCAGUAUGAAGAAUCAGUUUUGGCAAUUUAACCAUUUCAGACAAAUUUUGCAUCCUUUUAAACUGUAUAAGAAAGUUAAGAAUUGUGUUUUCAUUAAGUUUUGUGUGUCUUUAGUUAUGCCAUGUAAAUUCCUUUCUUUUUCUUAUGAUUAAAGAAAGGGUUGUGAUAAAAUGGUUAGUUCAUUUACCCUCACUUGUAGCAAAAACAUGGGACUUUGAAUUUUGUCGUGUUUGGGUUUGUUCAUUCAUGUGAAUGAUGGUACAGUUAGGUGAGAAUUUCUGUUACGGUACCAAAACUCACCAUUGGUCCUCUUUAAUCUUGGAGGGUUUCAAUAAAAACUGUUCACUCACAGA